AUGGCCGCUGCGGCGAUGCGGCCCUCGAUGGGGGCACUCGGCAGGAUAUCAUCGUCCACACCCUCCCCCCUCCGCCCUCUGACACAGACCGCCUCCCUCUCGACCACCGCCGCCCUUCUGAAACGCCACAAAUACCGCGAAGCCCGCGUCUACAGGGACAACAGCAAGCACCGUGGCGAGUCGGCCAUCCACCGCAGCGGCACGCGCUGGCGGCUGUCCAUGUCGGACGAGCCGCUGCCGCGGCCGGUGCCGCGCAACAAGCUGCCGGCCAUCGAGACGGACCCGGACCACGGCCUGUGGGAGUUCUUCCAGAACCGCACCAUGGUCGUCAACUCGCCCCCCGAGAUCGCCAAGCACGGCCGCAGCUGGACCGCCGAGGAGCUGCGCCACAAGUCGUGGGACGACCUGCACCGCCUGUGGUGGGUGUGCGCCAAGGAGCGCAACCGCAUCGCCACGGCCAACUGGGAGCGCAACAAGAGCGGGUUGGGGUUCGGUGAGGCGGAGAUGAGGGAGCGGGAUAAUGCGGUUCGGCAGACUAUGCGCUCCAUCAAGCACGUCCUGACGGAGCGGUUUUACACGUGGGAGGAUGCCGUCAAGGUGGCGGAGAAGGACCCCGAAGUCGACCUAACCGGUAACGGGCCGGCAUUUACCCCGAGCAACUUCCUUGAGGACAGCGAUGCCGCAGCUACCGAAGGCGAGCAGCAGGCCGCUGAGGCUACGGAGGAGGCAGUAGAGAAGGCGGAGCCCGCGACAGCGGCUACCCCUGAGUCGGCGACGAUACCCUCAUCUCAGCAACAGACCGACACCCCGAGGUUAUGA